AUGGCCACAGUCGCGCUGCCCGCCUGCUUCCUCGGCCUGCUGGCCCUCACCUGCGCCUGCUUUCAAGGGAACUGUGACAGAGCCAAGGGCCUGACGCAGUGCCUCCCUUGCGGCCCCAGAGGCCUGGGCCGCUGCUUCGGGCCCUACAUCUGCUGCGGGGAUGAGCUUGGCUGCUUCAUGGGCACCAGAGAGGCCCUGGCCUGCCAGAAGGAGAAGUACCUCGCAGCGCCCUGCCAGACGGGCCAGAAGCCCUGUGGGCGCGGGGGUCGCUGCGCCUCCAAAGGCCUGUGCUGCAGCCCAGAGAGCUGUGAGGCCACCCCCGAGUGCCUGGAGGGCCCGGGCAGUGUGCGCCAGGUCCGCGCCAGCAACCAAAGCAAGGAGACUGAGCCGGAGGACGAGGACAAGAAUCAGGAACAUUUGCCGAAAUUUGUGCGACUGAUGAUGAAGCUGGGCAAGGGGUUGCUGCACCUGUUCAAGGUGUUGUAG